ACUCGAAAACCUUCCCCUGACUUGGACUUUCGAGUGCCCAUUUGCUUUUGUCUGAAAUGACAAACAAUGCUGCUGGAUCUUAAAUGGAUCAGGAUCCAUGACUGACUCCAGCUCCACGCCCAGCUCCACGACCCCCGCCCCACCUCUGGGCAAUCCGCAUGUCUUCCCGAGCUGCGGCGCAUACCGUUGCUGGAGCUUCCUCUUUUUCUUCUCUUUCUGGGCGUGGGCUCUGUUUUGAAAUCACCCCCAGCGGAUUCAAGUGUUUGUACGCUUGACUGACAACCAUGGACAACAUGGAGGCUUCUUUAGGUUCUUUCCGGAACCCUAUUAAAUUUAAGGAUCAGGACUUUAACAGUCUCCUGAAGAAGUGUCUCAAGUCCGGCGAGAUGUUCUCUGAUCAGAGCUUUCCAGCCGAGCAGAAGUCUAUCGGCAUGGCAGAGGAUGACGACCCCAGGAAGGCCAUCAAGUGGAAGAGACCAAAGGACAUCAGUGAGAAUGCCGUGUUUGUGGAGGGCACCAUCGGCACCACUGACAUCUGCCAAGGUCAGCUAGGUAACUGCUGGCUGCUGGCGGCGCUGUCCUGUCUCACCAUGCAUCACAAACUCUUUGUCAAGGUGGUACCGCCCAACCAAAGCCUGUCCAAGUCUUACGCUGGCAUCUUCCAUUUCAGGUUCUGGCAGUAUGGCGAGUGGGUGGAGGUGGUUGUGGAUGACAGGCUGCCAGUGCGAGAAGGCCGCCUGCUAUUCAGCUACUCUCACACCCGCAACGAGUACUGGAGCGCCCUGGUGGAGAAGGCCUAUGCCAAGUUAAUGGGAUCUUACGGAUGUCUGAGGGGCGGCAACAUUUCGGAGGGGAUGGAAGAUUUCACGGGUGGCAUCGCGUACUCCCUGCCCGUCUCCUCGCGCACCCCUCGCGUCUUCUGGAGGUUACUGACGGCCGCCCUCACCCGUGGCAGUCUGCUCAGCUGCUUUAUUGAGGCCAACAAUUAUAAGGAAGUGAAUAAAAUAAAUGCAGACGGGCUGAUAAAGGGCCACGCCUACGCCAUCACAGACACCGAUCAGGUGAGGCAUGAGGGGGAUGAGAUUUUGCUCCUUAGGGUGAGGAAUCCUUGGGGCUUUGUUGAGUACCGUGGGCCCUGGAGUGACAAGAGCAAAGAAUGGGAUGCCAUAUCCAAAGAAGAGAAAAAGAGACUUGAAAUGAAACGUCGGGAGGAUGGAGAGUUCUGGAUGAGCACUGAUGAUUUUUGCAAGAAGUUUGACUUUGUGGAGCUCUGCAGUAUCAAUCCUGACAACAUUGUGGAGGGACAAAAUACUGAGGCCCUUAGCGCCACCACUUCCACUUCCAAAUGGACCAUCAACGAGCAUGAAGGGUUAUGGCUGAAAGGGAGCUCUGCCGGCGGAAGCCGAAAAUACAACCGCUCCUUUUGGAAGAACCCUCAAUUUGAGCUGGUUCUCACCGAGCAGGACGAGCCGGAUGAGGAAGAUGAGGAGGAUGAGGAAGAUGGCGAUGAGGAUGAGGAGAGCGGCCCAAAAGAGGGCAAGAAGACGGAGAAGCAGAAGAUGAAAGGCAAGAAGUGCACAGUGCUGGUGGAAAUUCUGCAGAAAGACCGCAGGCGCAAGGGCAAUGUCCACUUCCUCUACAUGGGCUUCCACAUCUACAAGGUUCCCUCGGAGCUUCAGGGCAUGUGUUUGGACCGCAACUUCUUCAUGAAAAAUCGUCCAGUUGGUCGUUCAGGGAAAUAUAGGGCUCAAAGGGCUGUGUGGAGAAAAGUGCACCUGGAUCCGGGUUAUUACGUCCUUGUGGCGUCCACCUAUCGGCCCAACCAGCCCGGAGAGUUUUUUGUCCGCAUCUUCUCCAAGACUGCCAACAGUUUGGGGACUCCGGAUUUCACAUGCACUUCCACUUAUCUCCCAGUGAUGGCCGCUCCUGUUGCACCGGAUGAUAAAAUGAGAGUUCUGAGGACUUUUGAUGAAGAGGCUGGACCAGACGACAGGCUGAACACCAAGGAGCUGAUGACGCUUUUCAACUCAGUCCUGGACAAAGAUUAUCACCUGCCGCUGGACACAUGCAGGCAGCUCAUUUUUGGAGAGGAUACCAAAGGACGAUCCAGCCUCAACCGUCAGCAAACAGAGGCCUUGCUGUCUGAUCUACGCCACUUGCAGGCCAUCUUUUUCCAAUUUGAUGAGGACUCUUCUGGCACCAUGAGUCCUUUUGAACUCAGCGCCGCUCUGCAAGCCGUGGGGAUGACGUGUGAUGCGAAAGUAGUCCAGCUGCUGUAUGAGCGCUUUGCAUCUGGAGACCUUCAUAUGCCCUUCCACAACUUUGUGGCCGGCGUCACCCGACUACGCAAGCUUUUUGCGCUGUAUGAAUCAGAGAACAGCUGCGAAGUGAAAGACAGAGGCAUCAAUGCUUGGCUCAUUCGGUUUCUGCUGCUGUGACGAGCAUCUCCGUGUGGACCAAGCGGAGCGUCAUUGAUUUUGACACGCUGACACUAUCACGUACGCGCAUGCACUCACGCAAAUCUUUUUCCAACAUUUUUUAUGCCCUGCACCUCCAGAAAACUUCAAGUAGGUUCUUAAACCCCCACAGAAACUUACUACAGUAAAUAGAAAAAGUCUACACACCCUUGUUCAAAUGCCAGGUUUUUGUAAAAAAAAACAAAACGAAAAAAAAAAGACGGGUCAUUUCAAACCCCUUCCCCCCAUUAAUGUUUUAAUCUGAGAAAUAUUUUAGACGGAGCUGAGUUCAGCACUUGUUUCCACAAGUGCGCUGUGUUCAAAAUUAACCAAUCUCAAGUGGGAGUCACCACAAAACGAUCACAGUUUUAAGCGCCUGUGAUUUGUUUGUUUGUGAUUUACCGCAACUAAAGUCUAGAUGUUGUAGUGGGCUUUUCCUGACAUUUUUGUCUCUCUAGCAGAAGGCUAUCCGAGCCAAUCAGAGACACUUUGAAUGGUCGCAGAUGUCUGUAGACUCCCAUUUAUUUUGCAUUUGAAUGUUGAUUGGUUAAUUAAAAAAAACGCUACAUCCCCAUGUGCACAUGCUUGGGUUGUUCAGAAAAAAACAUUAUAUAUCAUGGUCUAGAUUUUAUUUCACAGAAACCUGGCAUUUGGACACGGGUAUGUAGAAUUUUUAUAUCCACCGUAGCUGUCAUCACACACCUCGUAACAAGCAGCUCCAUGGCCCCAACAGUUUACUCAUCAUGUACUGAAGAGCAUAGCCAGGCUAAUGUCUUCAAACUCACCGAUUGAGUGACACACACACACACACACGCACGCACACACAGGGCACCGGUUGUCUUAGUGUGAGUGUGAUGUCUCAGCAGCGUUACACGCUAUUCUUAUCGCACUGACGCCACAUCCAACGUCAGCACACCCUCACUCACUCCAUCAUCCCUCAUUAUAUCCAGUAACCCCCCUAUACACACACACACAUCAUAGACACACACCAUCACCACCCUCAUCCUGUUCUCUCUAGUGUCUGAGUCGUAAUAUUUGCAUCCUCUACCUUGUUACAUACUCAAUGUCCUCUCUACACAUGCUGCUAUUAAUAAAUCCUUUGCUGCUCUCACA